CGCCUGAAUUGCCGCAACCCUUUCAACACCAUUGAGUUUCUCUGGUUAAUCACAGAUGACAGCUCUGCCCAAAGUAACCGCUAAAUAUAGCAAUGUCGCAUUAUUUUUCGGUGUCAUUUAAUUUGUUUACAACUCUAAAUUUUGAUGUAGUUAAUACAGCAUGACUUCAAAAUCGGGUCACUUUUAUAUCUCAUGUAAAGAGUAAUCAUUGCAUCGAUAAUCAUCGCUUGACCAUCGGAGAACCGUCUGAAGAAUCAGUUGAACGUCAGUUAAUUUUACACAAACAAAUAACACGUAGAAAACUGUGUAUAUUCCAAAAUACUUUCACCCGCUGCAUGACGUUUUUUUAUUCCUGUAUCCUCAGCCACACCCGAUGAACUUUUAAUUUUUAUUUUGUCAUCCAUCCUUACCAGCAUUUUAAUUUCGUACGAGAUUUCAGAGUUCUUUCCGGGUUGUACUUGACGAACUGAACAAAUACCAACUGACGUUAAUUGGGAAAACGAAACUGUGGAGAUGGAGGGACAAGCGUUUAAACCACCGAUGGACUUGGCACAACAUUUCAACAAAGGAAAAGAUGUUGAGAGUGAAAGUUUACCAUGUAUAAAAAAUACAGUGUCCAAACCGAGGCUCCAAGUUAGUUUCACUGAAACAAAGGAGGCUGGAGACAAUAAUACGAAAAAACAUGAGCUGACAACGAGACUAGAAAAUGCAAUGAGCAGAUUACAACAGUGCGAACAGCAUAUUGAUGCAAACUGGAAUCUUGACUACUCUGUGCUUGAUAUUGAGGAGGGCAUUAGCGACAAGGAAUCCCAGCUCCCAGAACAAGUAGAAGAACACAUUAAGGAUAUCAUCAAAUCUGCUGAAGAGUAUUUAGCCAAAUUAGAUGAACAGUUGAAUGAUCUCAGAAAUGCAGACGAUCAGAUAAUAAACAGCAGUGAACGAACAUUAAAGAACAUUGAUGAAACGUAUCAGCUUAUAAUGGAUAACUUGUGUAAGAAGAUCAAGGAGAGACGAGAUUUAGUCAAAUUGGAAACAGAGGUGCUUAAAUGCGAAGGUCUUACUCCCUUGAGAGCCUGCAAACAAGAAGUAGACGCUCAAAUUCGCAGCACUCAACAUCUCGUUGUGCUAACAGAUACUAUGCUCAAACAUCCUGUUACCUUCAACAGAGACAGACUUGGAAAGAUCAUCACUGCCACGAGCCAUAUGGGGAGGAUACCAGCAGUUCCAAUGCUAGAGGAGCUACCAUAUGUGACUUUCAGUCCACCCAGUGAGGAAGCAAAGAAAGAAAUUAUAGAUCGGAUAUCGUGCUUGGGCUGUGUGCUGCGAAUGGGUCCUGCGCAGUUUACAGAAGUACUUGAACGGCCAGCAGGUCUACGGAUAAAGUGGCACGUUGGAGAUCCCGAGUAUGCUUCGGAGGAGCAAACAUUCAUAGUGCAAAAAGCACUGGGAGAAAUUACCGAGCCGACUUCACCUGCUUUUGAAACUGUCUACAUUGGCUCUGACACAUCAUGUUUCAUCAGAGAAAUACCCGUAGAUCAACCGAUAACUCUAAGGGUGGGAAUUCAAAUCCCUGACACUGCUUGGAGUAUUCAUCGAAUCACCCGAACAUCAAUACCAGCCUACUCUUGGGACAUGAACAAUGCGGACUACCUUAUUACGAACAGUGGCCGAAUUGCAACCAAGAUUACACAGAAUCUUAGCACUCUGUUAUCUCGGAGUGCGCAGUUCGGCACUGACCACAUCAUAGAGUUCAAAUUCUUAGAGACCGCAUCAGGGAGCAAUGACGAAGGGAUUGGACUAGUACUAGAACCUGAUGGUGUGAACGAAAGCUUGAAGAGGAGCAGAGCACUUUUGGUAACACCAAAUGGUAACAUAUUCAUAGACGGAGAAGAGAAGCUGAUGCGAUUACCUAAAAUGCAAUUGGGCACGAGGAUAAUAUUCACAAGCGAGAAAAAGGACGAGGAUACACUCAGGAUGACCAUAGAAUGCGCCAAUAAAGCAGUUACUUACGAUUGGACUGUGCAGACACCACUGCACUUUGCAGCCAGAUUUUUAGAACAUAACAAAUGGAACUUUAUGAUCAAGUAAAAGUAGAUAAAUUG